AUGUUUGAAAAGUUCACCUCCCGCCGUACUCCUGAAAAGGACCAGCGCAAUUCAAAUGAUCGGCCUAUGGCGGUUUCUUCAGGCCAUCAUGCACCAAAGAAGGCGCCAGGGUCAUCCACUCUGACUUCUGGUGACAAAUAUAGUCUUCCUUCCCGUCCACAGUUUACAAAUGUUGAGACUAUGGAGUUUUGGAAACGCAUAUUCCCCGACGCUAUGAACAAGUUCAGAUCGAGUCAUCCACAGUCCAAACCACCACCCGCAGAAUACGAUAUUCGAAAUAAGCAGGACUGGCAAAGUAUCUAUCAGGUACUAGAGAAGGCUCGAGCUCAUUAUCAGAGCCGGGGAGGUACUCUUGGAGACCUGCGUUUUCAUCUGCGGAACGUGGCUGAUAGUAUUGCUCCUGCUGCUGCUGUUGCGAGAACUGCCACCCAAAUUGUCCUCCCCCUCCAGGACCCGAUUUUAAGCCCCGUUCUCCAGGCUGUUGUCAUUCUCCUGGAUGCCGCCAAGAUGUCUUCUGUGGUUCGCCAACAGGCUCUACAAGGACUAGGAAACCUCACACCCUGUUUUGCGGACAUCGAAAUAUUCCUACAACUAUUCCCAGGAGAUACCAAUAUCCUGAACGCAUCGCUCAAUCUGACUGUCGUUGUUCUUGAUACAAUUGAGCGAGGAAUUGCGUUCUUUAUGAGUGCCCAGAUCGCGCGGAUCGCAAAGGCAGCGGCAUUCGGUGAUUACUACGGCGAGGGACUUGUGAAAGGCCUAGACCUGAUCAAUGAACAAUGCUCAAAUCUUCUGCGAGAGGCAAAUAAAUCGAAGGACUACCAAGUUCAUUUGGGUGAGUCAAAUCUACGUCGUCCUCUAAUCAACCAGCAGCUAUUAACUGGCAAUGACCGAAAUAGCUUCUCGAAAUAUGGCAAAAGUGCUUUCUCAACCUCCAAUUGGGACAACGGAAAGCACACGCCCGGCAUUGGAAAGUCUACAAGUCACAAUUGA